AAGACGAUCUCAGAUACAAACAUUAAUGGCAAGAAAAGUGAAGUACAUGCCGAUUCAGUCAAAAGGCAGUAUGAAAAGGAAGGCAAAAAUGUACAUAGCCGGCCUGGCCGGUUUGGGCCUCAUCGUUUUGGUAUCGAUCUACAAUUCUACGAGUGGCGAGGGUCGGCAGGCGGAUGGCCAGAAAUGCUUCUUCUGCGACUUCGCCCACCGCCGCCAAGGACCUCCACCCGUCCUGGAGGUGGAGACGUCCGAGUACGUGAUCUUCAAGGACAAGUACCCGGCGGCCAAGCAUCACUAUCUGGCGAUUCCCAAGGAGCACUUCGACAGCCUGAAGGCGCUCAACAAAUCCCAUGUCGGAUUGGUCCGGCGCAUGGAGCAGGGCAUGAUGGAGUUCCUGAGAUCAAAGAACGUUGAUCCCAAGGAGGCGAUUGUCGGCUUCCACUUGCCGCCUUUUAUAUCGGUGCACCACCUCCAUCUCCACGGUAUUUACCCGCCUGCCGACAUGAGUUUCGGAAACAGGAUCAGCUUUAUGCCCUCCUUCUGGUUCAAAAAGUCCAAUGAUGCGAUUCGGGAGUUGGAGAACCGGGAACUGUGAUAUGCGUUUGCUUACGGGAGAGGUGCAAUUUAAAAUUAAGAGUUAUUUCAUUACUGCCCAUAGUUUGAACCGGCUGUGAGAACCCAGUGAGAACCAAGACCUUUAAAAUGUACAAAGAAAUACAAUAAAUUGUACAAUUUAUAA